CGCGGGAAGAAUAUUAGACUUGUUAUUUGGUUACUUGUUUAUUUUGCUGAAGUUCCACCUUGUUUCUCAGUUGAUUGGCCCCCGGGGGAUAGCUUCAGUUUUCUCACCUCUGCUUCUUCCGUUACACUGUCCCGAGACAACUGCAGAAAAAGCGCAAGAAAUCAAAUAAUAGAACGGGAGUUAAUCUGAAUAUUUUUGACCAUUGCCUGUCUCUCGGUUCUUGAACCUUUCUCGUUGCUCAGCUUAGUCCCUGUCUGUCACUUUGAGCUACGCGCACCUCUAGUUUUUUGACUAGAGUUUCGGUUCUAUAUAUUAAAUUUGGAACCUAAAGGCCAAACAAGGUAGAUCAUUCGCAGGAGCCACCAGUUGAGUCCAAGGAGCGCAAAAAUGGCCAAGGAAAAUAGCAACAACGGGAUUCUUGCGCCUAUGACCAAACGGAGAUUCCUUUCCAAGCCCAACGAGGUAGGAGUAGUGGCGGUUGGCUUUGCUGGCGGGCAGUCCAAGCCGGGGGUCGAUGCAGGUCCUACCGCGCUGAUUGAAACCGGGCUGCUCGAGCAACUCCACGAAGAUCUAGACUACAAAGUCUCCUACGACAACACAGUGAACACCUACGACGACAUCGUCCCAACCACGGACCCGGACUUCCGCGGCAUGAAGAAGCCGCUGGCCGUCAGCGCCGCGACGGAGAAGCUCAGCCAGCAAGUCUAUGAGCACGCGCGCGAUGGCAAGUUCGUCCUAACCCUUGGUGGCGACCACUCCAUCGCAAUCGGGACCGUGUCGGGGACCGCCAAAGCCAUUCGUGAACGGCUGGGGCGGGAGAUAGCGCUGAUUUGGGUGGAUGCGCAUGCGGAUAUCAAUACGCCCGAGACAAGCGGCAGUGGGAAUAUCCACGGGAUGCCCGUGGCCUUCCUGACGGGACUGGCGAAGGAGGAGAGACGCGAUAUUUUCGGGUGGUUGGAGAAGGACCAUCUGGUUAGCACACGAAAGCUGGUGUAUAUUGGCCUACGCGAUGUGGAUCGCGGGGAGAAGCAGAUUCUGAGGGAGAAUGGAAUUAAGGCGUUCAGUAUGCAUGAUAUUGAUAAACAUGGGAUUGGACGAGUUGUCGAGAUGGCGUUGGCGCAUAUUGGAUCUGAUACCCCAAUCCAUCUCUCGUUCGAUGUGGACGCCCUCGAUCCGCAGUGGGCUCCCAGCACAGGAACCCCCGUCCGAGGAGGGUUGACUCUCCGGGAAGGGGAUUUUAUCGCCGAAUGCGUUCACGAGACGGGCAACCUGAUUGCGAUGGAUCUGGUUGAGGUGAACCCAAGCUUGGAAAUCAUUGGUGCCAAUGAGACCAUCCGGGCAGGCUGCUCGUUGGUCCGUUGUGCAUUGGGUGACACUCUUCUCUGAAGCUACCACGCAAGGAGACGUAUUUUGAUUUAUUGAUUUGUUGGAGGUGAUUUUAUUUUCGUUGAUUUCCGGGGGUUACUGCUAGAGGAUGCGGGAAUUGGGAUAUUUUGUAAUGUGCGAACUGAAAUGGUCGUGUAUUUAAAUAAUAGCCUAGCCAGCUCUUAGAAACCUUGGUGUUUGUCUUUGUUUUGAUAUCACCACUCGUUACGCAGAUCGUAGCUUAAAAGAUAUUGAACGUCGUUAUCAACAACCCAAAAUAUUUACACAACGAAGACAAAGCGUAAACGAC